GUAUGGGGCUUUGUUUUGAUUUAGGAAACUGUGUGUCACGGAAUGUGUGUUUGAAUUGGCAAUAUCCACCGUGACGAGACACGUAAGGACAUUUUAGUGUUUAACAACUGAUCGCUUCCUCUUUCUUGGAAAGGUUGUGUCUGAUAAUAAACGGUUCACGGUCUCAGAGGCUGUGAUCCGUCUCGACCUCGCCAGUUUAAUGUUUUGCUUGACGUCAGAGGGUUAAAACAACUGAAUUCAUAAAAUAACCACUGAGGAGAGACUCGCAGGUGAAAUCAAUGAGUCGGUAGCACGAGCGCUCCAAUAGGACAUUAUGAAGCGUCAUUAAGUUCGUGUUUUAUUUCCUGGCGCCAUCUAGUGGUUUAACGUCGAACAACACGUCAGAACAGCAACUCCCAGAAUGCACUUCCGCAAUUCCGCCAUAGAACAACCGGCAUUGUGGUGCAAACGUGGAGCUACACCUGAUGAUGGACAACAAACCCGUGAAGGCGAUAUUAUUUGACUUGGACAACACGCUGAUAGAAACAAGCCGCGCAGGUGAAGUGGCGAUGCAAAAGACAGCUGAACUCCUGAAGUCCUCCCUGAGCCUUGACGACGACAUCAUCCGUAGCAUCUGUGACAAGUUUAAGAGGAAGCUCCUGCAUGAAAGCUUUGACCCCACAGCAGGCAGAUCCAUAGACGAGCUCCGCGUGGGCCACUGGGAGGAGAGCCUGCAGGAGGCCGUGGGCGGCGCAUGCAGCCCCACCCUGGCAGCUCAGUGUUACUCCCUGUGGAAACGCAGUCGCCUGGAGAGGCUCAGUCUGGCCCCUGAAGUGCGCAGCCUGCUCGAACUGCUGCGCAGCACAUACAAGCUGCUGCUGCUGACCAACGGAGAAGCUGCCACACAGAGGCAGAAAGUGGAGGCGGCCGGAUGCGAGGAGCUCUUCGACGCCAUCGUGAUCGGAGGCGAGCAUGCAGAGCAGAAGCCAUCCGUCUCCAUCUUCAUGUGGUGUUUUCACUUGCUGCAGGUGCAGGCAGAGGACUGUGUCAUGGUGGGAGACUCCCUGGAUACGGACAUUCAGGGCGGCUUUGACGCGGGCGUACGGGCCACAGUUUGGAUCAGCAGCGCAGCGGGUGUCGUUCCACAUGAUUCAGUAAAACCAGAUUAUACUAUUCCUACAGUGCUGGACCUGCCCCAGGUUCUGGCACAGCUGAAAUAGGCUAAACUGGACACAGAACCAGUCUUAAACUGAGUCUUGAUAUUUUACAGACAUGUAGUUGACAGGUUAUAUUUCUACUAAAGUAAUUUUUAUUUGCAGGUUUUCCAAAGAUUCCCAUUCUGUUUUAAUUGCAUCACAGAUUGUAAUACAACUGGUUACAACACUAAAAUGUCAUCUAUGCACCAAUAAGUUAUUGUAAUUUAAUACAAAUUUUAUUGCAGAAUAAAGUUUCCCUUUUUGGAGAAAUAUA